UGUUAAAGAAUUAUUGACAUGAUUAUUAAUGAAAUUUGAAGAUAUCGAGAAAAUAAUCAAUCUAUCAAUAGACAAAUAUGAGAAAAGAAUACGAAAUGUCCUUCGUCGUCGGUCAAGUAACCUACACAAGCGUGCGAGGUCACGACGUGAUUGUAUACGUCCGAUGUAUAUACGAGCGGUGCGUGUCCCCCUGUCACUUUCCUAACCUCUCAACCAGCUCGCGUUCCACGAAUGUCCCGGUGUUUCUGGUGUGGUGACCGGUGCAAUAAUCGAUCAACGGUGAUUUAAUCGGACGAGAACAAUAAUAUGAUGUCGCGGUCGGUGCGCGCAGAGACUCGUAGCCGUGCCAAGGAUGAUAUUAAACGAGUUAUGCAAGUGGUUGAUAAAGUUCGUCACUGGGAGAAGAAAUGGGUUACCAUAGGAGAAACAACUAUGAAAAUUUACAAGUGGGUUCCAAUCUCAACGCUUGACCAGAAAAAAAAAGGAAAAACAGUUUCCGAUAAAGAAAAUGGUUUAUCGAGGAAAGGAGGUAUAGAUUCCUCAAAUUCUAACUUUGGUCUAACUGAAGAUUCUAACACAUGUUUCUCCACUGUUAGUGAUUCUCAAGGUUUGACAGAUUUCUCCGCCCAUUUGGGAUUUUCGGAGGACUCGAAUUCGCAAAAUAGCGAGCCUACACCUAAGAGAUUGAAGACUGACUAAUGUUCAAUCUGACACCAUCACUGCUAUGUAUGGAGAUCGACACAUUUAGGAAUCGCUAUUUCUUUUGUGAAUUUGCACUUGGUAAUUUUGCGUUGAAUCAUAUCUCUCCAUGUGGAUGAACCGCGAGAGGGAGAGAGAGAGAGAGCGAGAGAGAGAGCGAAACAUCUCUUCUUUCUGUUUCAUCCAAAUUUAGUGAAAUCUACCUAUAGAGAUAAUAUCUAAUAUCCAAUAUAUAUAUAUAUGAUAUAUGUUAUACAGAGUAUAAUAUAUAUUAUAUAUAUAUACGUGCAUAUAAAUUAUGAAUAGCAUUGAUCCUACGGAACAUUUAAAUUAUGUGAAAUGAAGUUUAUAUUUUUUUACAUAUGAAUUUAUUACAAAUUGUCCCAUUGAAUUUAGGAACUAGAAACAAUUGGAUAGAAUAAAAUGUGGCGAAUGCUCAAUCCGUUUAUUAAAUUUCGAUUCCCAACAGAACACUGUUUUAAAAACGGGAAUUGUGAAUGUUGAGAAAAAGGACUCGAUAACGAACGUACGUAAAGUUCGAGGGGAAGAUUCGAAGUAUAAAAAGCGGAUUGUACAUUCACGACGAUUAUAGCAACGUUGGCAGUAUUAUUUUUUUUUGUUUUGGAAAAACUACUUUUCUCGUUCAAACAUGUCUCGCAGACAGUAUGUCUCGCGAAAUACUCGAAUGCUUUAUACGAUUAUGUUUGCUAUAAGUUAAUCGCUGGAAAUACACACAUACACACACACGCGCGCGCGCGCUCGCACGCACGCACGCACGCACGUACGCACACACACACAGAGAGAG